AUCUUCCCUUUCCCAAUGUACCGUUUCCAGGUGUCUUGUCGCUCGACAGCCGACACCUCUGUUUACGUCUUCAACGAGUGCAAUUAGGUGCCUACCGAGACAUAAUCGCGAAUUAUUUUCGUGAUGACUGACAACACUUCUUUCAUUUACUGACUCAUUCACGAAACGUAUGUAAUUGUGAAGGAAUCGUCGUCGGAUGUUUUGUUUCCUUUUCAGUGGUAGACAUAUGUUACGACGUUUUUCAUAGGAAAUUGAUAAGCUGUAUAGGGCACCAACUUCAAUGAGAUCAUCAUGGAACCACAAGAUUCCAGCAGUUCAGACCUCAUCGCACGUAAUAAUUUCGGAGCAAUCGUACUCGGAUUACUCAUUGUUUUGUACCACGUCUGCAAAACGUAUUAUAAAACACUCAAGAAGAUGGUAUCCGUCCAAUUGAGCAGAUAUACGUCGCCUCAAACCAGCAUCAAUUUACCACUUGGCUUUACCUCGACCAAAGGAGCAGAUUCGGAAUACCUUCGUAUACGAUGUUUCGGAGGCUCUUACCUCAUAAUCAAAAGCCCCGAAUUAGCCUCUAAAAUAAUCAACAACGAUGAUUUCUUCGAAAGCUCUACAUUCACAUCGCAAACGUUAAAUUUAUCUUUGAAUUUAUUGAAUAUUUCUGACAAGAAAAGAAAUUUGAAAAAACUCUCGCACGCUGUUCUAAAAACACGAACGAGUCAUCGAGAAGAAUCGUUUACCGACGACGACACGCUAAAGAAUUCCAUCGAAUAUUCGAUACAUUCGGCGAACGAAUUGCUGGGGCGAACCGAAGACGUUACUACUAUUUCUUUAACAUCGACGAAAAAACCAUACUCGCCGAAAUUACACCCGUCAUUAGCGACGAACGAAGCCAGUGACACGGAAACACGUCGCCGAGAACAGGCAGCAGGCAAAUCUACAUCGAAAACAGAUACUAAUAUGGAAUUGUUAUUAUCCGACCGUUUUGUCGAGCAAAAAGAGCAUCCGGCUUUAAAAGAAUGCUAUUACAACAUCUCGGAACCAUUUACUUUAAUGAAAGUACAAACCGACCAUUCGAAUGGAUGCGAAGAUACUCGAGUAAUGAAUUUAAACAAUACUUUAAUAAAGCACCAAUCAACUGAGCUGAAUGCCAAUGACAAAUCGAUCAGUAUCCGACGACAACUCGAAUCGUCUUUUUUAUUAGCUAAAUAUUGUAUCAAAGAGUUGAUCGUUUUAUUAGAAGCUAAAUCCAACCGUCGAGAUACCGUUAACUUUAACCUUUUUUCGUAUCGACACGCGGUCAAUACACUGGGUGUUUGCUUGUUUGGUAAACAUAUCAGUCAACUGACCGGCUCGAGGUGUCAGUUUUAUCAAGUGUGCGAUGAUCUUAUCGACAUUUUACGCGAUCAACAAAAAAAUAAACUUGUACAGUCUGUGAAAGACUUCCUGAAACUUUUUCAACUAUCGAAACGACCAGAUAGACGAGUUCAAAGGAUUGUAGAGUUUUUCAAUCGGGCUGCGGAUGAUUGCUUGGCUGGACGAUACGAGGGUCAGGAAAACUGUCUCGUUAAUACUUUAUUUAAACAGUUUAUUGACGAUUCGGUUUCACACAAGGAUGAUUACGAGCAAUUAAAAGGUUCAAUUUCAGCCUUUUUGAUAUCGUUUACAGUCAAUGUUUUGGAAAUACUGAGUGGCAGAAUCAGCUUAAUCAUUCGUCAGCUUGCUAAAGACGUUGAAUUGCAGGAAAAAAUCAGAAAUAACGAUAAAGUAGAAUUUGACAUGGAAGGAUUUCCAUUUUUAAAUUUUCAAAACGUCAUUAAACCUACAGCAUCACAUUCAAUUAUCAAAGAAGCUUUAGAAAAUCAUCCCGUCGAUCCAAUCACGCCUUUUAUUUGCAAAUACCCGUAUCGAAUACCGGAGACAAAAAUCCGGGUAAAUCCCACCUGCGUUAUACUCGUACCAAGGCACGUUCUACGAAACAUGCAGCAAAUCGAUUGCAAAGGGAAAUGGCCCGAACGAGGAACUCCUUCGGGAGGCUUUAUCGCCGACCUUGAAACGGAAUCGUUUAAUUUAUUUGUCGAACAAUUUGUGCAAAUCAGUUUGAAGUUAUCAAUAACCAGUUUACUUCAAGAGUACGUAUUUACGUUGGGAGAUACGCAGCGAGAUGAAGAGAAUGAAACUGCGAGCACUUCUUGUAGAUUUACCACCUUACCGAAUGAUAUAUACGUAAAUGUGAACAGAGUAGAUAAACGUGGAAAAGUAAUCACCUUUGAAGAAUCGCUAAAAGCUUUUCACGCUAUGAAAAACGCCCCUUUAUCAUGGCGCUGGCGUACUAUUUUGUCCAAGUAUUUUCCUAAUACGCUGGUAAUAUCAUCCUGAAAUAUUGCGCGUUGUUUGCGCUAAAAACUCCAUGUGUCGGAUUUCAAGAUGUGGAAAAAACAUCACGCAGUAAGCAAUUGGUCAAGUGGAUUGUUGUUCGAGUUCAUUUGAAUAAAAAAAUACACUACAUCAAUUUUUCAAAAUUGGAUUCCUAUUUUUGUAUAGUUAAAGCGGGUGAGAAAGAUGAAAAUUGGUGAGUAAACAGCAACCAGGUCAAAUGACGAAAUUUGAUCACUCAAUCGUGAAAAAGCCAAGAGCCAUAAAAUUCAAAGGUAGGUACAUAUUUUCCAAUACUUUAUCAUUUUACCCAAUUUAUUUUUUUAUCAAGUAGGUAUCUGAAAUGGAAACUAGUUUCAUAUUUUUGUAAAACCUUGGUACCUGCCUAUGAAUUUGUUUAAAAAAUCCAAAUUGUACAGUAUUAAGAAAAGUUUGUUCAAAGCAAUAAAAAUUACUUCCACUUA